AGUGACGUGGCCUCGUCAGCCCAGCCGGAAGUAGGAGGGACUGUUGUGCAGCUGCAGUAUCGGUCGUGUGAAGUAAAACGUCAAACUAAAAUACACACAAUGGUGACAGACGUUCAGCUCGCAAUAUUCGCCAACAUGCUUGGUGUCUCAUUGUUCCUACUGGUCGUUUUGUACCACUACGUUGCUGUCAACAACCCCAAGAAAAUGGACUAGUUUCCCAACCAUGCCCCACAUCUUGCAUGGGAAGGUCUGAGGAUCGCCCCACUCAUCCUCUCAAGGUGCCACCAUCACAAAGACAACAUUCCUCCACCAUUCGUCCUGCCCUGUCUGCAAAUCCACAAGAUGAAUCCUGAUAUUGCUUCAGUUGUACAGCAGGUUUUUUUUCUAAGAAAUAAAUGAAUGAAAUAUGAA